AUACACAGAGAGACUAUAAAGAUAUAUAGACAGACAGACAGACAGACAGAGAAUAUGAAUAUGAGAAUAGUUGGAAUUUAGAGUGUUGCAUUUGCUAGAUGUCCUGGUUAGUUUAUACCGCCAACUUAACAUGACCUAAUGUCAUCUGGGAAGAGGGAACCUCAAUUAAAGAAUUGCCUGGAUCAGAUUGGCCUGUGUCAAUGUCUGUGAGAGAUUGUCUUGAUUCAUGACUGGUAUGGGAGAGUAGACACAACCAGCUGUGGGUAAUACCAUCCAUAGCAGGUGGGUUUGGAAUAGAUAAGAAAGUUAGUUCCACAUGAGCCAGAGAGUGAGCCAGUAAGCAACAUUCCUCCAUGUUUUCUGCUCCAGGUCCCUGCUCUGACUUCCAUAUAUGAUAGACUGCUACCUAGAAUUAUAAGCUCAGCAAUCCUUUCCUCUCACUAAGUUGCUUUUGGUCAAGUGUUUUAUCAUAGUGGGAGGAUGAAGCUGGAACAUUAGGCAGGAGCUCUACUUAAUUUCCUAGAUUCUUGAAUGACGAUCAUUACUUUGUCCAAGAGAGCAUUUGAAGUUAUUGUAAAUGGGACUCUGAAGUUCUCAUGCUGAGAGAAUAUGUAUACAGAAUACAGCAAAUAAUGCUUUGUGGUGGACAGUUUCAUAGACUAUCCCAGCAGGACCAAAAGAGCAGCAUCAAGCAUGAACAUAAUGAGCAUACUUAAGUGUUUAUCUCUGUGGCUGGUUUACGUAUUUACUCUCAUGUCUUUCUCCCAUCUGUGCCUUUGAUGACGUACUCAAUCAAAAUAAUGGUGCCAAAUGGGCCUUAAUGGGCUUCCCCUAAGAAUUAGUAAAUCAUAAUCCUCUUCUCAAAGGCAACUGCUGUCCAAAUCCCAGUCUCCUAGGAUUUAUUGCAUGGCUGGUGUUCUCAGCCACUGAGUUGGGGGUCUGCCAGAUGCUCACUAGUUACUCUAAUGUGUUGAGGAUGCCACACAGGUCUCUAAUACUUGGUGGAAGACUACACCCACCAUUGAGCAUACUCAUUGGUCCUCAGCAUGACAGACAUAAACCCAGAAACGUCUUUCAUAUGCAAAGUUAACAAACAAGAGCUAUAAUAAAUCAUACAGAUGAAUGCUUUAAGUUGGACUUUGUAUUUCCUCCAUACAGGAGAAACAGUUAUUGAAAACUGUCUGCAAAGGAGAGGGCAUACUUGAAGGGAUCCCAUACCUACAUGGUUGUGAUUGAUAGGAGCCAGUCCCACAGCCUGAGGGAACAAGAGAAGAGGGUCAUGCAUUAGUCAGGGCUCUCCAAAGGAGCACCCCGAUAGAAUGAGCUAAUUUAUAUAUACAAAUAUACAUUAAGAGGGGAUUUAUUUGAGUGGCUUACAGACUGUGAUCUGAGUAGUCCAAUGGCUGUCUCCUGACAGAAAGCCCAAAAAUCCAGUAGUUGUUCGGUCCACAAGACUUGAUGUCCCAUCAGUCCCAGUCUGGUGCUGGAGUCCCAGGGAAGUCCUAGCGAGCUGCUCGUCUUCUAUCUGUGUUGGAAUCCUGAAGAAGUAGUUUCUAACACCAGUGAAUGAAUAGCUCAGGGUAGAUGAACUUGCCAGCAAGAAUGAGGGCAAACGGGAGCAGGGAAGCCUUGCUUCUUCAUUUACUUGCGUGUGGGUUGCCACCAGGAGGUGGCCCACAUUUAGGAUGGCUAGGACCAACACUUUUAUCCCGGUGUCGGAUAGGUGUUCCACCUCAAAUAACCCAACCAAGAAAAUUCCAUCACAAGUGUGUCCAGCUACUUGCAUUUUAAUUCAUUAUAAAUGUAGUCAAGUUGACAACCAAGAUUAGCCACCACAGGUCACAUUCCCUAAAGUCCACAGAGAAGGAGUUUGGAGGCUCCAUGUGAAAAAAAUUGUGAACUUGGAUGGGGGAACCAAUGAAACAAGUUUAUUGUUUUCUUCAAAAGUGCAUUUGUAGUAUAGCAUUUGGUCGUGCUUCUAUAGUGCUCCACAAAAGUGUAUGUAUUUAACAACAUCGUCUCUUUCCUUGGGUAAUUCAAGUAGUAAAAUUCUCCUGCCAUAUGACCUGGAUCUGGAAGCUUGUAAAGGGCAUCAGUAAAUAAGUACAUGGCCCCAACCAGGGAUUAGUUUCUGAAACAUGGCUGGCUGUGAGGCACCUGAGAGAACAUUUGUAGCAUUGCAUAGUUUAGAGGGAGGAGAUCCUCAGUUUACCGUGUGAUUAAGAGGUUUUGGCUAAACCUAGGUUUGCCUUCUGCCUAUACAUUCAUUAACUUAUUCACUAAUCCAGUACACAUAUAUGAAGUGUUUUCAAUGUAUUGAAAGUGUUCUCAUUCGUGAGUAGAGAAGGGGAAAAUGAGUGUGGCCUCUGUUCUCAUGUCACCCACUUUAAAUGUGGGGAUGUGGCUGAUGCAUAAGCACAUAUGAGAUAAAUUUUGGGAGUGAGAAUACAGCAAGGUGUUGGUAGUCACCAGGAAGGACAGGGAGCUGUCUCGAGAUGAACGUAGCCUGUUCCUCCCAGUUUAGGAAUUGCACAGGUAGUUGACCGAGUGGUGAGUCAGAAGGGGAAGGGUGGAGCAGGUGAGGUCUGUGUGUCAGAGUAAUGGGAGGCCAUUUCAGAACUUCAAGAGAGGAGAUGCAGUUUGGUUUAUGUGUUUGAGACCCCUCAUGUAACCCAUGGAGCCUCGAUUGUCCAGGCGUGAAACUGAACAGGAUGUUAAAUUCAGACGGCUUAGCCUAGGAUUUGGAUAAAGUAAACAGACCGAGCAUAUACGACUUAGCACGAGGCUCCCAUUUUCUUCACAGCACUAUUUCAUUUGCCAACCCAAGUGAGUCUCAGAUAUAUGAAAUCCUAAAUAACAAGUACUUUUGAAUUUAUUGUUUCAAUUAAAAGUAUUGAUGAUGUCUUAUUGAUUUAUAGAUAAGGCUCUAGAUAUGACAUACCAUAUAUAAACAUACAAUUUUUAAAUCAGGGUCUCACUGUGUACCCUUGGCUGACCUGCAACUUUGUAUGUAGACUGACUAGGCUUGAGCUCACAGAGGUCUGCCUGCUUCUGCCUCACAGGUGCUGGGAUUACAAGUGUGUCCCACCAUGCACAACUGUUGUAUUUUAUUUAAAACUUGUAUUCAGUUUCUUUCAUCUCUUGAGCCACUCUUUAAUUCAUCUAAGUUUUCCAAUCAAGUCAUCUUUACUCCAGCCUAAUUCCUCUGUUAGAGCAAUUUUCAACCCAUGUCUUGUACGCUCACUGGUUGUUUUUAUAAGCCUACAUUUAUUGUGAGGCUGUAGGUUUUUAGUAGGCCUAAAUAUAGUAAUUAAACAGACACUGGUAUUUCUUUGUCUUUUACAGACCAACACGUAGGUAUUUGGGUGAUCCAGGCUGAUCGGCACUCAGGCUGCUUUAACAGUUAUCUUCUCCUUGAGUGGCCAUAUUGCCCGCUUUGCUCCAGGCAGAAGGAAGGGGCAAAGGGAGCGUGAAGGCACCUGGCCAUCUUAGGGUCAGAAUAAAGAAGUGGGACGUGUCAUUUCUAAUUAUAUCCCAGGACAUCUUAGUCACAUGGACACCUGUUGUCAUAGAAGAAGGGACCGCAGAGAUGGACAUUAGUAAAUGACCAACAGGCUGCCCCAGUGGUCCCUGCAUAGCAGAAGGACAGCUGGCUUUUCUGUUAUCCUGGAGGUAGCUGAGUGCUUUUCACUACCAGGAGCUAUUCAGUGCCUUAGAGCACACACAGCAAGAGGUGUAGGGUUACAUGAUCUCUACAACCAAUCACUGACAGUAUUGCUAUCCAAGGGAUUUGUAAAAUGUGGAGGGUAUCAUUCCUUAGGAAUAAUUAGAAAAUGAGUUGUUACUGCUGUUGGUGUUUUUGCCUAAACAUGAGCUGAACAAGAAGAGCAAAAACACACAUGCCAAAGUGGAUGGGGGAAAGACCACAAGGCCUCAACCUUGUACAAAGAAUUGCAGCCAGCUGAGGAACACUGAGGAGAGAGGGAAAGAUAGUCACCCCCAGGGAAGAGAACACAAACUGAUUAUUCAAACUAAAUGCUUAUCUCAGAGAGCAUACAUGCAAGUAACAUUAUACAGACCACGCAGGUUACAUUUAGGAAUACAUACACACAUACACGCACACGCGUGCACACACAUAUACACACACACACACACACACACACACAAAUUAAUGGGGGGAAAAGGAGACUAUAGAUUUGAAAAAGCAAAAAGGGGUAUGUGGAAGGUUUUGGACAAGGAAAGGGAGAAAGAAAUGUGAUUAUAUUGUAACCUAUAAUUAAAAAAAGAAAGUGAGUUUUUACCACUAACUAUCUCAGAUUCUCAUUUGAACAAAUCCCAUCAGAUGAGCUCUGAAAGCAGCUGAGUCAGCACAGACUUGGGCCAUUUCAGACUGACAUGUGGCUUUCAAAUGGCACUUUCUGUUCAAAGAAGGUAAUUAUGAGAAGCCUACAAUAAGAGGCUUGGGGAAGGCUCUACAUAAAGAGAUUCCUUCUUCUGUGAGAGGUAAUUGUGGGAGGAGGUACUCAACUUAUAUUUAGACAUUGAAGGAGGGUGAUCUAGGUCACCCAUGAGCAGGUGGGGGAGGGAUAGCAGAAGGGAGACUAUAAUGUCAAGAAAUGUUUUCCAUUUUUCUCAGUUGCAUGGGGAAAUAAUUACUACUUGGUUUUUUUUCUAGUGCUAUGGGGAUCAUGAGGAUGUGAGGCAUGUAGCAGAGCAUACUCAGUGCCUCAUCCCUGCAUGGCACUAGGAAGAGAGUGGACACAGCCUCCGUCUUUGUGGUCAUUGGUGUCAGUAUUAGACAGGAUGCUGUAUCAUAGUGGAAAGUCUUCAUCUGUCAAACAGUAUUUGUUCAGUGGAUGAUCAGUUCCAAUGUGAUCCAAAAACGGGAGAAGUUUACAAAUGACAAAACGUCCAGGCAUUUGAAUACCACCCCCUCCUUCUAUUAGGCCUCUGUUGUCUCUAUUGUCUUGUUGGUAUGAAUCACCCUGAUUCGAGGGAGCACAUGGAUGGAAGUGACUGUUUCGAGAAGGCUCUUGUUUAGAAAGACUGUUCCUACAGUCUUUUUCUUCUUCUCAGGACAACAGAACUCCCCAGCCCUUCUCUGCCUGGCAGCGUGGUGAAGUGACCUGCAUACUUAAAUAGCUCUAAUUCAUGAAGUGCCCGAGCUUUUCCCUCAAAAUGUCACAUGCUUGACAUUGAAUUUAGAGCUCUGUGGAUGUUUAGUGUCAUGUCUUGCUUACUCAUUGGGGCAUUACAAUCAGAAUGUGUAAAAUGGCUAUGUGCUUUUGUCCCAGUAUUGCCAACGGAUUAGCCAUGACUGUCGUGCAAGCAUUUACUUCCAUUUGACAAUUUGGUAUUUCUGCAAAUGCUUUGUGCCCAUUCACAAGGGCGAUGCUUUCAUUUGAAAUGCUGCAGUCACCAGGGAAAAGGCCCAGUGCUCUUCACUGAUAGGCCAGCUCUCCCUCUGCCUCCUGUUGCUAUGGUGCCCAGCAGAGUAACUUCCUUGCCCUGCACAUGUAGGAGGCUCCGUCUCCAUGGAUACCCCACUCUGAGACUGUACUCUGCCGAGAGAUGAGCUGCACACACUGUAUUUCUGCAAAAGACAUACCCCAGCCUGUGGUGGGAGGCUGUUUGCAGUGUUUGCCAUGAAAGUCUAUGGAGCUUACUUUCUUAGCAGUGAAGCAGACUUCAGCUCCUCGAGCAGCACAGGCAGCAUCUCGGCUCCCGAGGUCCACAUGUCCACAGCAGGAAACAAGCGAGCCUCUUUCUCACGCAACCGAGGUCCCCAUGGGCGGAGCAAUGGAGCAUCAUCCCACAAGUCUGGCAGCAGCCCACCAUCCCCAAGGGAAAAGGAUCUUGUGUCUAUUCUGUGCAGGAAUCCAUUGAGUCCCAACAACAUCCACCCUAACUACGCCCCUUCUUCUCCAAGUAGCAGCAACUCCGGCUCCUACAAAGGAAGUGACUGUAGUCCAAUUAUGAGGAGGUCUGGAAGAUAUAUGUCUUGUGGAGAAAAUCAUGGUGUCAAACCCCCAAAUCCAGAACAAUAUUUGACUCCUCUACAGCAGAAGGAGGUCACCGUGAGGCACCUGAGGACCAAGCUGAAGGAGUCUGAGCGCCGACUUCAUGAGAGGGAGUCUGAGAUCGUGGAGCUCAAGUCUCAGCUGACUCGGAUGAGGGAAGACUGGAUUGAAGAAGAGUGCCACAGAGUGGAGGCCCAGCUGGCACUCAAAGAAGCCAGGAAGGAGAUUAAACAGCUCAAACAGGUCAUUGAGACCAUGAGGAACAACUUGGCUGAUAAAGACAAAGGCAUUCAGAAGUACUUCGUGGACAUAAACAUCCAAAACAAGAAGUUAGAGUCCCUGCUCCAAAGCAUGGAGAUGGCACACAAUAGCUCCCUGAGGGAUGAACUGUGCCUAGACUUUUCCUGUGAUUCCCCAGAAAAAAGCUUACCCCCGAGCACUGCAUUUGGCAAGAUGGCAGAUGGGUUAUCUCCGGAGGAACAGGUUACAGAGGAAGGUGCUGACAGCGAGCUUCUGUUGGGAGACAGCAUGGCCGAGGGCACGGAUAUGCUAGAUGAGAUGGUGACCGCCACCGCCACAGAAUCUGGUGACCUGGAGUUUGUUCAUUCUACCCCAGGGCCACAAGCCCUCAAGGCUCUCCCCUUGGUGAGCCAGGAAGAGGGCAGCCUGGUGGUGGAACAAGCAGUUCAGACCGACGUGGUGCCCUUCAGCCCUGCCAUCUCAGAGCUCCUUCAGAGCGUGCUAAAGCUUCAGGACUCCUGUCCUACCAGCUCAGCAUCCCCAGAUGAAUCUGGAGCUGACUCAAUGGAAAGCUUCCCAGAAUCCGUCUCUGCCUUAAUGAUUGAUUUAACUCCGAGAAGUCCCACCUCAGCCAUCCUUCUGUCUCCCGUGGAGAUUCCAUUCAGCAAGGCAGCUGUGGAAGCCGGUACAAACCGCCUCAUGAGAGAGCUAGAUUUUGCCACCUACACAGAAGAAAGGUUGGACAGCAUCCUCUCGCUGUCUCAGGGAGGCGUCGCGAGGCAGUACUGGAGCAGCAGUUUCUUGGUGGAUCUACUGGCUGUGGCUGCCCCUGUGGUGCCCACUGUCCUGUGGGCAUUCAGUACUCAGAGAGGGGGUACAGAUCCUGUCUACAACAUCGGAGCCUUGCUCCGGGGCUGCUGUGUGGUGGCCCUACACUCCCUCCGCCGCACAGCUUUCCACAUCAAAACCUAAUUAGUCGUUACUGUGUGCCAAUGUGUCCGUGUGGUGUUAUGCCAGGUAGAGCAACAGCAGGUGGGUCAGUGGAAGUCUCUAUUCUGUCGUUUUGCUCCUCGCUGUUUGAUUUGCACUAUAGUCAGUUGAAGCCCGUUCACUGUCGAAAACCAGAGGUAUCUUCCAAGGCAUGGAAACCUAGUUCUGGUAGCUGUCCCCACCAGAGUGGUGUAGAAAGCAUGCUUAUGCCCCUGCCGUGUCGUCUGAGGUGCCCGUUCGCAUACUACUGGUUCAGGAAGAGAAAAUGCAGUUCGCACUUUCACCACAGCCCCCCCGAGGCUGGCAUGUUAUCUCCUCGCUUCGCUUUGUGCCGUUUCAAAGUGUGUCAUUGUUCCAGCAUUCCAAUGGUCUUGUGCAUAGCGGGAGAGUGUAACCAAAAGUAAAAAUGUAUUCGUGUAACUGGUUCAAAGAACACUUGAAUAGCUCUUUAUUGUCCUUCUUGAGGUUGAUAAGGUUUGAGUGUUUGGAAUUUUUUUUUUUUUUAACUAAAUGUAGCUCCAAAGUCUUCAAAGGCUCAUUAGCUCUUAAACCUAUCAGUUGAUGGAACUAUGUAAAUUUACAAUGCUACAAUGUACUAACUUAUUUUUUGCUUAUUAUAUAUAGUGUUUUAUUGGAAAUUGUUUGUAUCCACACACUUCAGCAUGAAAAUAAAAAUUAGUGUUUCCAUUUAAA